GCUUACUCAAUGGCCAAUCGGCCCCUUGGCCACGGUCUGUGCCUUGUGUCCCCAGGCAGCAGGAGGUCCUGUCUAUGGUGUCCGUUCCAUGCAUCUGUUCCAGGUGAAUCACCCUGACAGGUAGGGACCACGUGAGGCUGUUCAUCCUCAGCUCGUGUCCAGAGACACUUCCAGAAGGACACGAAACAAUGCCCCGGCUGCCACUGCUGACGCUGGGGGCCGCUUGCCCCGGGCCAGGCAAACAGGAGGUAAAGAAGGGCCUGGCCCUUCUUGGACCCAGUCCGAGGAAGGAGCCCAGGAGCCUACUGGGCUUGACUGGGUUCCACUGGAGGCCGCGUUGCCAGCCGGGAGAGUGGCACCUGCCCCAGCCGGCCCGCUGUGAGGGCCGUGGGGCCUGUAGGUGGGCCCAUGGGCCGGCGGGUGGGCCCAUCAGUGGGAGCCAGGCCGCGGAGCCCACGGUCGCGGUGGAGGCCCCUGGGGAAACUAAAGGGCUGGUUGGCUGGGUCUGUGGGGCAGGAGGAUCCAGGAGGACUUCCCAGAGGAGGGGGCCUGGGGAUGCCGGGGCAGGAGGAAGGGAUCCUAGCAGUGCGGAGGGCUGAGCACUCGAGCAGAGACCAGACCACUCCUCUCAGCUACGAGGGACUCACGGGGCCUGUGCUCUGCUGGGCCAGGACCCAGGAAAAGGUGAUGGAUGACCGUUGGGGGGGGGCAUGGAGGAAGGGGCUGGGCUCUGCUUGGGGUCAGACGGGGGACAUGACCCUGACCUUGCCUUGGUUCACCAGGGGAGAAGAUGCAGGAAGAGGGCGCAGAAGGAACAGCGUGUCCCGGGAGGCCCGGCCCAGAGCAGCGGGCAGAUGCGUGUGCACACUUAGUGUGACAGAAAGUGCAUGGCCUCAGGGCCUGAGGGGGGCAGGGACUGCCCAGGAGGCACGUGGGGGCCCUGGGGCAGGUGAGGUGCUCCCGGAGAGGAGCCGCUGGAGCCCAGCAGAGAGGCCAGGCCAGGAGACGAGAGUCUGGAACCAGAUGGCCCAGGAGGGAGAGCAGGGGGGCUGUGGCAGGGGGUGUUUAGGGCUGGAGCCUGGUGGGCCCGGGGGACGGGGCUGUCGGCCACUGCCCGCUCCUCCUCGUGGCCUCGCAGCCCGCCCCGCAGCGCACAGCCUGUGCUCCAGCCGCCCGGCAUUUUCUUCUCAGUCCCCACGCCUGUUCGGCCUUAGGGCCCAACUGUCCUCUCUUCCCGGAUGGCCGCUCUGCCCACGGGCCUCCCGGGGCCCCUUGCCCCUCGCUCUCAGCCCCACAUCACCUCCCCUGAGGGGCCUGUCCCGACAACCUCCUCUCCGCGGAGGAAGUGGCCCCGUCUGGAGUGAACUCUGCUCACUCGUGUGUCGUCUGCUCUGUCCUCUGUGGGAAUGCGAGCCCCUGGGGAGUGGCUGGCUGGUGGGGGGCCCUGGGUGGGAAUCGGCUGUGAGCCAGCCCCAGCCUGGGGGCCGUGCGGUGCAGAAUGGGCCGAGCAUGAAGCCCGGAGCUCAAACAAAGCUCCAGCGUCUCCUUGCUGUGUGACCACGGGCUGGCCACUCCACUUCUCUGAGCCUGGCUCUCUCUCCUGUACCGUGGCGGUGACAAUGCCUCCUUCAGUGGGGAGUUGAAGGUUGUAUCUAAAGAUGCUGGAACAGUGGGGGCGUGGCUGGGUGCCCAGCAGACAUUUGUUGAAUGAAAGAAUGAGCACAGCCACUCACCAGCCCCCUCAGCCCUGCCCCCUGUGACAUGUGUGGCCUUGGCGAUGCCCCGUCACCUCCCUUGGCCCCAGUGUCCUGCUCUGCAAAGUGGGAUCUACCCCAUUUCAGCCUCCUAAUCCAUCGCCCACAGGCACAGAAGACGUGGGGCUCUUCCAAGGGUCUCCCGGCCUCCUGGAUGCUCUGUGUCGUCCGGGGGCCUCUGCAGCAGGCGGGACCCCACACGGCCCCCGCAUGAAGAAUGUCGAGCAAAGUCAGAGGGGAUGCUCUUUGGUCUGUAUUUAUCUAACUCCCUCCCCCACCCCACAUACACAUAGUCAGUAAAGAGGCCACAGGAGGGGGAAGGGGAAGUUUGGGCACGAUGCUGGGCCUGGGUCACUGGGGCCCUCAAGACAAGUAGACCCCAGGCCAUGCAUCCGUGCUCUGUAGUAUCCUGAGUGGACUGGGCUGCGGGCUCCCAAGGACCCAUGCGCCCCAAUGGAGCGGGGCAGACGGGAAGUCGGGAGAGAGGAACCAGGACAAAGUGCUCGCUCGAGCCCACAGCAGGCGAGGCGUGUCUCCCUGCAACAGCCCUUGUUGAACAGAAAUUCGCAACAACCUAAAUGACCAUUAGUGGGGCUGCACGGGUCCCGUGCACCUGCUGGGACGAGGCCAGCCGCGCCAGGAGGUCCCUGCGCAGGCGGCGUGGCCCUGGUGGCUGACGCCGAUGUCUGCAGCCACCCCACCCCCCGCCAGGCAGACAGUCCACCCCCCACCCAAGAACCAUGACUUCUGUGCUUCAAAAACGCUCUAGAAAAACAUGUUUCAGAGGUGGAAGGGAUACGUGCCUCCCUUAGAAUCGUGGCCUCCUUUGGGGCCGGAAGAGACUUUCGGAAUGGGGUGCGGGUUGGGGCACUUUAGUCCCCUUGCAUACGCUUCACGAGGAUAUGGGGGGGAGACAGAGGUGUGACAGAGACAGAGAUGAUGGUGUUAAAGGACAAGAUGUGAGAGGGACGGGGAGAGACGGUGGGGAUAUGAAGACGGACAUGAGAGAGGCGAGACUGAAGCCCAGGAGAGUCAUUCCAAAGAACAGACAGUGCCGGCAUCCCACCGGCGGGCGUACUGGCGACUGUCAUUCUUCUUUAACUUUCUCUGCGUUUUCAGUGUCCAUCAACAAACCAAAACUUCACAGCAGUUGCCGGAGAAGAUACUGAAGAGAGAAACCUUGAAGGGCAGGAAAUGAUGAUGUGUUUUGGAGGGGGGGAUGUCAGAAAUAACCAGGCACCCCGAAAAGUGGCCCAGCCAGAGCCUGUGCUCCCAUGCCCCCUGCCCCUCCCACCGUCAGAAUGCCCCCCACCUUUUGUCCAGUCCUAUUUAUUUUACUCUGUCACACCAAGAGGUGCUCGGAGAAGAGGGAACCAGAUGCCUGCAACGUGUCACUGGUGCGAAGGGUCCUCAACUAUACAUCUGAUUUCCAAAAGAAACCUGAAGGGUAACAUACUCUACUUCCUACUAAUCGCUAGAUUCUAUCUGCUGGUGUUUUAUUUAGAAAUUUUUACCUGUACUCUUAAAAGGCCAUUGGCCUUUAGUUCCCCUUAUUUUGUAUUAUUUGAUUUGAAGUUAUUCUAGAUGCAUGGAAUGGGUAAGGGAUUUUCCCUUCUAUCUUUUUAUAUGGCCUGAAAUAGUUUAAACAGCAUUGAAAUUAUUAGUUCUUCAGAAAUUAGAUACCACUCAGCUGUGAGCCCAUCUGCUUGUGGUGCGUUUUUACUGAUAGACUGCCAAUCACCUUCUAAUCUCUUAUAUGGUAAUUGGUCUAUUAGAAUUUCCCAUUUUUUUCUUGGACUGAUUUUAGUAAUUUACUUUUACCAGGAAAUCACCCAUUUCCCGAAGGUUUUCAAUUUGUUAUCACAGAGUUGCUUAAAAUAUUCUCUCGUAAUUAUUUUGAUCUCCCCUGUACCUGUAGUCAUCCUGGUAUGUCUGCCUGCUCCUUCCUAAUCUGGCCCAACUUCACUUUCUCUCUUUAUUCUCCACAAUUGGACUCACGAGCGCUUUCAGAAAAAUUUCAUUAGCCGUUUCAGAGAACAAGCUUUUGCAUUUACAUAGUCUUUCCACUAUUUAAAAAUGUUUCCUAUUUCGUCAAUUUCGGUUCUUAUCCUUAUGAAUUGCCUCUUUGUUGUUUAUUUUGUUGUUUCUUUUCCUGGUUUCUAAACGUGUUGCUGUAUUCAGACCUCCGGUUCUAGUGAAGACGUCUCGGGCUGUGUGCGUCUCAGCUUGGUUUCUGCCACUUGUCUGCUUUAGUGUGAAGUGUCUUUGUCUUUGCUUUCCAGAUAGUGUGUGAUUUUUCCUUCAACUUUCUCUUUGAUCCAAGAGUUCUAUAGGAACGUUUUAAAUCUGCAAGUAAAGUGUUUUCCAGUCCCUUUUGAUCACUUACUUCUACUUGUAUUGGAUAUAACCAGAGCAUGAGGUAAAAAACUGUUCGUAUGUUCUUAUUUUAGGUAAAAUUUU